AUGGUAAUAAUCCAUUUACAGGAUGUCGUAGUAAAUAUAGAAUUUUUAAUACAAACUUUAUAUUCUUUAAUCCGAAGUAAAGUUGAUUGGUUUUUAGAUGAAUUGGUAAAUGAAAUGACAAUUCAAACUGGAAAAAAU